AUGAUAAACAUUAAUAUUACAUGUGGUGAUGCUAUUUUAAAUUGGUGUAUUGAGAAUCAAAUUGACGUAUCGAACUGUUCAUGGUCGAUAGGAACAUUUCGAAGCCAUUUUUAUACAAUGGCAGCCUUAAUCAAUCCACCAUAUCCCUAUUCUAUUAACAACAAUACUGGACUAGCAUUUAUUCGAUUAGGAGAUGGAGAAAUGAAGCUUAUGUUUGGAAUAUCUGUACAAUCCAUUGAUCCAUGGUCAUGGCGUGGUGGUCAAUCAAGAUUAGGGCAAGAUUUGAAAAAAGCGAUACGUUAUCCUAAAUAUCAAUACAAUGCAUAUAGUCCAUUUUACUAUGGAAUUUAUGAUGCUAAGGACAUUUGUCCUUUUCAUGAAUUUAUCACCAUGAUUUAUCAACAUCCAAAGUAUUUAACGUAUACUAAUUUAUUUGUUAAUUCUAACUAUCCUGCUACAAAGUUAUUGCAUCGUUCACUGAUUCGAGAUCAUCGAAAAAAGAUUAUUCUCAUAAUUAAUAAUGGAACUAGCUCGAAAAAACUGGUUGAACUAAAUGACUGGGCUUGUGAAAUACUACUUUAUCCACAUAAUGGACCAUUGAUGUGGGAAAACAACCAGUUCAGAGAAGAAGCAAUUCAAAAAAUUGUAACUACGGCAAAACGAUAUAGAAAUCGAUUAUUUGCAUUUUCCGUAGGUCCAUUAUCGAGAGUUCUUAUACAUCAUGCUUGGCUUGAGAAUCCUUUCAAUCGUUAUAUAGACUUUGGUUCUACAUUAGAUGAAAUGACAAAAAACAGAAUGACUCGACCAUAUCAAUCGAAUGCUGAACUCAACCAUGAUCCAACAUAUGUAAUUAACUUUGACGCAAGUAAACGUCUAUUUCAAGUGUCUAGUGUAAACUGAAAGUAUAUAUGGUUUAUCUAUUAGUUUGCUUUGUUCUUAUCUUUUUAUCUUAUAAAACAGUAAACUUAUAUUGAGAAUUAGGUUAUUUAUCAAAUAAAGUCGAGGUUGUCAUCAUUGUCGUGAAUGAAAGUUGAUUGAACAUAUGGAAGUCGAUCCAUGAACUACUGAAUGUUGAUCUAAAUCAGACUAGCCCAGUCCGUGAGUCGGAUAUCUAGUUAAAAGCCUUUUCCAAUGAUAGUUUGGCUUGCGAUGCUGGCUAAAAUUAUUCUUUAUGAUUAAGUAUCCAUUUUUUUAUGAAUUAAAUCAGAGUUACUUCAUGAAAGUUAACCCUUUCGAGGCGAUGUCGCCCACCGGUGGGCGACGCUAUAAUUUACAGUGGUCAGCCAUCCAUAAAAACAAAAAGUUCUUGGAAAAUGUCUUCGUCUAUCAGACUUUGUGGAGCUAUCUGCGCUGAUCAUUUUGAUAAAAAAAUAUUCUAAGUUUGACCAAUAAAUGACGGUGCUAUGAUCAAAAUACUGAAAAAUUUCAAGCUGCUCUAUGUGCUAGAGCUAUAACGUUUUUCAGUAUUUUAAUCAUAGCAUCGUCAAUUAUUGAUAAAAUUUAGAAUAUUUUUUUAUAAAAAUGAUCAGCGCAGAUAGCUCCACAAAGUCUGAUAGGCGAAGACAUUUUCUAAGAACUUUUUGUUUUUGAUGGAUGACUACCCAUGGAAGCACACUAGUUACAUCCCUAACAUUUUUGGAACUGCCCGUGAUUCUGUAGCUUAUUAUCACCCUAUGAAUUAUCAGUUAUACUCUUAAAUCCCGUUUUUAACUGGAUUUCAUUUGAUAUAAAAAUCACUUGUAUAUCUCUUUGCAUUUUAGCUGUAAUCUUUGGAAAAAAAUUUUUGGAAACCCUGUAGAAUCACAUCGUCUUGAAAGGGUUAAGAAUAAGUCAACCACAUUGUGUUGUAUAGAAAGAAAGUAUUUGAAUCAAAUUUGAUAAUUUAGUUGAUAUUAAUUAUAAUGCAACAAAAUUGCUUGAAUGUCAAUAUAAGUUUGAUAAAACUCAUCUGAGCCAAUAAAUUAAUGGCAUGCAUAAGUUAUUUGAAUAUGUCAAUCUUGUAUCAGCAUGUAUACUAGAUCUGAGGUAUGCUCACAUUUUGAAAAAAACUCAAUUUUCGAGUCUAUGGAAAAUUUCAUUGUAUCAUCAUAGUUGCUCAAAAACAAUAAGCAACAACGUAUAAGAACUUUUCAAAAUGUUACAAAACUUGAAGCAGCUUAUUUCGACAACGGAUAUGAUGAUAUUGCACAUUUGAGCAUGCUAAUUCUUUAUGGAAAUACUGAUAGCUUUGAUUAAUUUUGAGUUUGAAGUAUGACUCUUUUAAGUGAGAGUGAGUUUUAUCUCAGAGUUGAAUGUCAGUAAAUGUUUUUUGACGAAUCCAUAUUUUGGUCUUUGUCGUCAUCGAUGAUUUUACGGUUAAACUUUGGUUCCUCUAUAAUAUUAUUAUAACUCUCCAUAUAUAAUUCCAAAGCAUCUAUGAUGAAGAAAGAGAGACUAUGUCACUCUUUUGUCUCUUGAGACAAAAUAGAUGCACAAUACUAUAUAGGAGCAAGUAUGCAUAUGAAAAAUUGUAAAAAAGCUCAAAGAAAUACGUAGAAGUUUGAUGAAAUAUGAACAAGUACGAAGAAAUACAAUAAGUAUGGGAGAACAUGACGUUUAAGUCGGGAAUAUGUACAUUAUGCAGGUCCUAGUGAGCUAUGAAUAUCUUGAAAAGAGUUCGGAUCCAUAUCUUAUUACUGCUGAGAUACUGCAUUUUUACGAUAUUUUUAGUACAAAAGGCGUAGUCAC